AUGCCUGAUGCUCUCUUGGCUGCUGCUGGCCGGCUGCGGUUUACUGCCAGUGGCUCUGCGAGCGCCAAUUUGUCUCGCAAACCCAUUGCAACAAUGGACCAAUACACUCGUGGAAAUGAGCUGGAGGUACGGCAUGACCUGCAAACUGCAUCGAACUGUGGUUGCAUUGUCGAUUCUGAUAGCGUGGGUACCCUCCCCGAAUCCAAAAACACAAUGUCUGCAUACGCAGGUGAAGAAAGAUGUGUGCUGAUAAAGUGCCCAACCAUCUAUAGCAUCUCAAUGUGUGCGCUUUCCUUCUUUGACGAGGCCGAUCGCCGACAGAAGAACCGCUUCCUGAGGUUCUUCUGCUGCUCCCGCCGAACAACGACACCACAAGAGCAGGGAAGCAAACAACGGAUUGAGACGUCAGUUUCCAGUAUCGAGUUCGACAAGGACGAGCGCAUCUUCAUGGUCCCGGAGGCUCGACCGUCACACUUCGAGCGUGAACAAUGGCUACAGCGCAGGAACAGCUUGUCUUCUCAGAGAGCCAUCCACCCCCACAGACACCAUUACUACGACCCUCGGACGAGGUACGUGGUGUACAGCUAUGCGCCUAGCGCACGGUAUUCGAGCACUCUGCGCUCCGUGUCAGAGGGACAUUGUCUCGGUCUGAGCGAUCGGAAUUCAUCAUUCACAUCUUCCGAAUCCUCAGGAUCGCUUGCUCGCUCGGCACGACUCCCACCCGCAGCAAUAUCCUCGAGCCACCGAUCGAGCAGUAGUCUUGAGAAGCCUGGUUCUGGGAGCCGCAAUGGCGUCGUGGGCGGAGGUGUAGCAGCAGGAGGAGGAGUUAUACCGCCUGUCCAUGAUGUCCCUUCACUGCCAGCCCCACCGCCUCCAAUGUGGUCUCCAGCACUGCAGCAUGCGCCGCUCAGUUCGGAUCCCACGAUCCAAGCAUUGAGUACCGGAACGCAGCUGUCUCAUCCAAGGUCAUCGCCCGCACUGCUCGAGACGCCAUCUGAGUCUUCUCCUUGUCCUUCUUCUGCCUCUUCAGCCUCUUCAACGUUGGCUCCUAUCUCAGGCCCCCUGAUCCAGACGAGCGGUAUUGAUGUGAAGACCAAAGCAAAGCGUCAAGAAAAUCGACCGGAGACUGGCGUUCUCGCACAACAAAAGAACCACCGACCACCAACACCACCGCAAACAACACAGGGCCCUGUGUCUACAGUACCUCCAACCUCUCCUCCGCCCCCGCCUCCUCUCACCAUACCACCACCACCACCACCAGUAGUAACGCCUGAUAGGAAGUCGCCUCCCUCUGUCGCGUUGCCGCCUUUACCCACACGCUCGCCAGGCCAUAAUAUCUCCCCAUUCAAAGGGACUCGAGGUGGUGGUGGCGGUGGCGGUGGUACUCGUUCUCGCCCCGCCUCGACGUCGCCAUCGCGAACCAACACCACUACUGCACCUUCACCGAAUAGUCUCCGUCGCCCGUCACCACUCAGGUCCGUACACAGACAGUACUAUGCCCCUCAGCAGUAUCAAAGGUAUGUGCCCGGGGGUGCUGUCAAUACCCACGGCAGCGGUAUGAGUGGUACCAGGCGCUACGCCAGUGGUCAAGGGUACGGGUAUGGGUCUGGAUACGGAUACGUGAACGGAUCUUCCGCCACCGCUCCAGUUCUGAACUCCGCUUUGAGUGUGAGCAUGUACUCUGCCAGUUCGUACGGGACGGACCGAUCACGAUCAACGAGUCUAGGAGGAGGAGGUAUUGGUGGGAGGAAAUGA